UUGUGAAUUUACUUUGUUGACGUGACGCAACCGUUUGUUAUCAGCAGAAGUUUUUUUGGUGCUGUUGUGAAACAAGGAAUUGACGGUUUUUGGUGUCUAAGAAAAUGGUAUUAAAGUCAGUGUCUAAACAUAAUAAAAAAAGUCACACCAAGGAAAGAUGAAGUCAGUGCGACAAGAAAAGAUGGAAAUCGUGCUGGUUUAAGAAGUAAUUCGAAGAAAACACUUACUGAUGUUGAUAAUCAGCCUAAGAUUUGGCAAUAUGCUAUACCUGUUGAUGAAUGGUUUGUAGCAAAAGUGCAAACUACUUUAAAUCAUGAUCCCAUUUUAAAGUUAAAAACCAAAUUGAAUGAUGUUGAGUUAGAUUUGUUUAGAAAGAGUCCCUUUGGUUAUUUUCUUGAUAUGCCAGUUUUUAAGGUUCAAACACAAGUUUUGCAUUUCCUUUUAUUGAGGUUGCUUAACCAACCGAAUGCAAAUGAAUUGUGGUUUAAUAUUGGGGGAGUGAGACUGAAAUUUGGGAUUGAUGAGUUUGCCUUAGUUACAGGUUUGAAAUGUCAUGGAGAUAUUAGUAAACUUAGGUUUAGAAACACAUCUGAUGGGAUCUUUGACAAAUAUUUUAAGGACCUUAGUUGUUUUAAUAAGCAAGCCUUAGAGGAUUUUUUUGUCACUAGGAGAUGGUCUAGUCCGGAAGAUGGAGUUAAAAUAGCAAUUUUGUAUUUUCUUGAUGUGUUUCUGUUUUCGUCUCAAAACGUAAAACGUGUUUCCAUAGUCAACCUUAACAUAAUUGAGUCAAUUGAGUGCAAUGAAUUUCCAUGGGGACUGGAUUGUUUUAAUUGUGGGAUAGAUGAUUUAAAGGAUAAGUUGAAAGGGAAAAGUAAGCAAUAUGAAGAAGAAGGUAAAACCCCAUUUUAUCGGCUGGCUGUUUUCAUUUAUGCCUUGCAAUGUUGGUUCUAUGAAUGUUGCCCUGUCGCGGUCAAUAACCUUGCAAUUUUGGAGAAUGGUGAUGCUAUCCCAAGGAUUUUGAGAUGGAAAGUUGACAAUAAUCCUGACAUUGCGGAAUUAGAGAAGCCUUUCUUCUCUUUGAGUGGAAAACAGAUGAAGUUGAGGAAAAUCACUCCUUCUGUUGAGGAGAUGAAAAAGUUGGACUUUGCUCAUUUUUUUAUCAAGGGAAAGGAUAAGAAGAAGGAGGUGAGCGAGAAUUUAUCUGAUUCAGAAGAUGAUAAAGCUGAGUAUCAAGGUGGUGAGGCAUCAUCUUCAGCUUUACCAAAGAAAAGAUUGCAUCUUGAUCAUUUUGAGAAAGAGCUGCAGACGGUGGUUUCUUCUCAAAAUAAAAUUGUGGAAGAUUUGAACUGCUUUAAAGAUUAUGUGACUCUUCAGUUUACUAAUCUUUUUAAAGUUCUUGAUUCAAUCAAGAAGAGGUCAAAUGUAAUUGAAGAGCAGACAAACUUGCAUAAUGGAGCUUCAAUUAGUGAUAAUGGGUCUGAUGACAAGGAGGAGGAUAUAUCGUUUAAGGUGAUCAAUCGCAAUAUUGUUCAACCUAUUGUGGAAAAAAAGAACAAUUUGGCGGAGGAUGAUACGGCAGUAGAGAAUAAAAAGGAGGUUGAGCAACAAGAUCAAACUAAUUUAUCUCAAGUUGAUGAAGCAGCAAAUGAGUUUGAUAAAGUUUCUAGUGAUGAAGUUGAGCCUGAAAUCGUAAAGGCUGCAGAAUGCAACAUCGAUAAGACGUUAAAGGAUGCACAAUGCAACAUCGAUACUAUUUUAAAGGAUGUAGAAUGUUUGUUACUUAAUUAUUAAUUAUUACAUGUAUCAUUUUUUUUCUCUUUUAGAAUACUGAGUGCACGUCUGCUCAUGAACAUCCGAGUCAUGUAUUGGCUGAGACUGUUUCAGAGUCAUUACCCUCAAAUUUGAAUGCCAACCUCGUUCAUGCAAAUCUGACUGCUGUAGUACAUGAUGCUGCUCCGGUUUUAAAUGAUAUUGAUGCAUCAUUUGAUUUUUGCAAUUAAAUUGAGUUUGAUUUAUGGCUUGGGAAAGGAUUUAAAGAGAAAAACAGGUACAAGCAUUAUUCUCCUGAGGACAAUGAGAUUGCACCUCCCUUUGAGAUGUAUGUUGAUCAAAUAAGCAAAAAACAUGGUUCUCUUAUCUGAACUACAGUGGUCUGCCUUUAUCA